AUGCGACUGUAUACAAUGUUAAUAGCAGCAAUAUUGGCCGCUGCAUGUAUGGCUGUGCCGUUCCGGGUCGCUCGAGUGUAUCCUGCAAUGUUUAGACGAAUACCACAGUUUGAUGACAGUGACGAUGUACUCUUGGUGAUUCCACGAUACCGACAACGACGAUCGCAACCUAUCAUCGACUACACGGACGAGUUCUCUGCAGAUCCAUUCGAGGUGCCCGAGAGUGUGUAUAUAGAGUAGGA